AUGGCUUCAGCGGCAAACUACCAAGCAAGCGCCACGUUGACCCCCUGCUCGAGCCUCAUCGACAGGGAACUACCCCGCAAAACAGCCGUGGAAGAUACAACGACGGAGCAACUGGCAUUCGCCCUGUUCGAGGAGAAGGUGCUAAAGAGACUCGAACACGUGGUACGCUUGUACAAUGCUGGGAAGCCGCUUUUCCCUCGAGCGCUGCUCGAAGACCUUGACCGGCAGAUCGAAGAAGGCAGGGAGGAGAUCCGCAUCAAAGACUUCGAUGAUGUGGUAAGCACGUAUAGCCGGAGUGUCCCUGCUGCAUGCUUGGAUCUGGCAACAACAUACUGCAUCGGAUACAGCAGUAUCCAAGUGCUUACCUAUAUCCACCCUUCCUGUGCAACGAUGAUGUUCAAAGACCCUCCCCCAGUGUCUAUUCUAUACACUCAUCAUCCCGAAGUCGCCGAAGGGAGCAUCGAGAUGCUUGGUCCGGUGUUUGUCAAGAUGCGCGAACGGUGGCAGGCGAGCGAGACAUGCCAAGAACUGGUAUCCCACCUGACGACCCUGCGCUUCUCCCUUCCCAUCCAUAAGAUUGUGGCGUUCGGCCUUGGGACACUGGGCAAGACGCAGAAUGGACGGUUCUCCACCCGUUCACAUGUUCAGCAUGCGGCAGUGGAAACGAUGGCGACCGUUCUGGCCAAAAGUGGGGUCAGUAGAGGAAAGGGGAUCAACUGCUACUUUCAAGAUCCAUGGUACGAUGAGAACGACGUCAGGUUCCUUCGCAGCAUUGGUUUCCAACCACUGAACGACCCAAAGGGGUUCCUUGAGAUUGAUGAACAUACCUUGGUGUUUUCAGUCAGUCCCAAUGUACCUGUGAAGCAGAUUGUCGCCGAUCUCCAGUGGCCCAGUGCCAUGAUCUGGAAUACGGUAUGCGGAGAAGAGGAGAGGAAGCAGCGGAAGAGGCGAUUGAGGAAUGGCGAAGAGUUCUGGUUGGGCCCGCUCGCCACGGAUCCCGACUCGGACCGCGUUUGUGAGAUGAUCACCCAAUAUCAGAAAUUUUCAUUGCACGACCCGAAGGAUUAUUUUGGUGACCUUUCUAUCUAUGUUCGGCAUUGA